GAGAGAGAGAAACAGCACGAGAGGGGAGAGGGUCAGAGGGAGAAGCAGGCUCCCUGCUGAGCCAGGAGCCCGAUGUGGGACUCGAUCCCAGGACUCUGGGACCAUGACCUGAGCCGAAGGUAGUCGCCUAACCAACUGAGCUACCCAGGUGCCCAAAAUGGCAAUGUGUUUGUAGUUGGCAUGUGUUCAGCAAGAAUUUAGAGCCCCUGCUGUGUGCAUGCGUUGGAAAUUUGAUCGUGUAUCGUCCCAAGUAAGGCAAAAAUCAAAAAGUGAGCUUUUUUGGUGAAACUCCAGUGAAUUUCACUUGGUUUUAUGUCCUCAUCAUCUGACAGUCCCUUUGUGAGAGGGGAUGGUGCUGCUUGUCACUCCCUUACGAAAGGAUAGCCUUGGGGUGCUGCCCUUGGGUCUUCUCACUCCCCAUCCUGAGCUCCUCCCUGUGCCUCCUGACCCCGGGUUUCCAAUUACCAUCUCUGACUCUGUCCUAGGUCCAGAGAAGACAGCCCAGCACAACGGCAGCCCCACUCUCCCAUAUAUCUUCAAAUAACUCUAUAGUCGUUCAGUAUCUGAGUCCUUUUAGUCCAGCUUACAAAGACUGGUUAAAAAUGAAGAAACCAGUCUCGGUUGUAGGAGUUGUUAAAGGGCUCCUAUAAAUCACCCAGUAAAGCUGCUCUCUCUCCUGCAGGUUUUGCAUCGAUGCGUGUGAAUUGUGAUGUGUGUGAAUUGCAGCCAGGGUCUUAGAACUAGGAGGCCGGCUGAUAGCCUGCAUGCUCCGGUCAGCUCCAUGGGCAUUGGGAUUUCAGGUGACUUCUCACAGAUCUCCUGAUGUUCCUUCAUGGCUCCACUUCUAGAUGUAGCAUUGUGGUUUGGGGUAGAAACUGGGAAAGAAGAGGCUGAUGGCAGGUUUGUCGCACUUAAGACCCUUCGGUAAAAUCCUUCGUUUUGGAAGAAAAUUCAUCAGCACAGGCAGUCUUCAUGCAUGUUCCAGAAUUCAGGUGAAUUAUAUGAGGCUCCCCCUCUUCCACUUUCUAUCCUGGAAACCAUUAGGAAGAAGAGAGAGAAAAGGACAAAACAGGGCCCUGGCGGUGGCCAGGGUGGCGCUGCUGGGACCCCACAGGUGCCUUGGGCUGGCCCUGUGAUGGACGGCAGGAUUCUGGUCCAUGGUGUGUUUUGCUGGUCUCUGCACUUUGAGUGACUUCUUCCAAAAGUGAAAGGCAUGUCCUUGCCUACCAGUUCCUCGCUGGGUCUCUUGUGUAGCUUUCUGUCAUGGAGACAUAGGCCUGUGGACAUAAACAGGUAAUGACUCAGUCAACUUGACAUCCUGCCAAGAGAGCCCAGGUUUUCAAGUUGAGGAAAACAGUCUCUUGAUGCAAAAGGCACGAUCAGAAGUGCUGGAAUGCUCCUCAGGCUCCCUUUUGUUGAUGUAUUUUCACUUCCCUUCCCAGAUAACAGCUUUAGAAAGGUGCCCUUGGGGUCACUGGUGUGGUGAGCCAUCUGAUUAUGAAUUAGUCAUGAUUGCUGCUCAUGCUCACUCCCAUGGGACUUCGGGACAGAGCCUAGCGAGGCUGGGACUCCAGCAGGAGCCGGGAGACGGGAUGGUGCAUUGCACAGGAGGACCCAGUCAGACAAGGGACCUGGAAGCCAGAGCACAGAACGAGUUCUUCCGGGCGUUCUUCAGGCUGCCGAGGCGCGAGAGGCUGCACGCCGUGCUGGACUGCUCGCUGUGGACGCCGUUCAGCCGCUGCCACACCGUGGGGCGGAUGUUCGCCUCCGACCGCUACAUCUGCUUCGCCAGCAAGGAGGAUGGCUGCUGCAAUGUCAUCCUGCCGCUCAGAGAGGUGGUGAGCAUUGAGAAGAUGGAGGACACAAGUCUCCUCCCUAAUCCCAUCAUCAUCAGCAUCAGGAGCAAGAUGGCCUUCCAGUUCAUCGAGCUAAAGGACAGAGAUAACUUGGUGGAAAGCCUGCUCAUGAGGCUGAAGCAGGUGCACGCCAAACACCCCGUGCAUUAUGACACCUCACAAGAUGAAGACAUGCAGACUUCACCUGUGUUUCAUUCAACAAGCAUGUGCAGUGACCACAAGUUUGGGGAUCUUGAAAUGGUGUCCUCUCAAAAUAGCGAGGAAAGUGAAAAAGAGAAGAGCCCGCGGCUCCACCCUGAGGCCCUGAUCUCUGUGUUCCAGCAGGCGGGCAGCCAGAGCCCCGACUCACGAAUGUCCAGGGAACAGAUAAAAAUAAGCCUGUGGAAUGACCACUUUGUGGAAUAUGGCAGAACCGUGUGUAUGUUCCGCACAGAGAAGAUCCGGAAGCUUGUAGCCAUGGGGAUCCCCGAAUCUUUACGUGGCAGACUCUGGCUGCUUUUCUCAGAUGCUGUAACCGAUCUCGCCUCGCAUCCGGGUUACUAUGGUAAUCUGGUGGAGGAGUCCAUGGGAAAAUGUUGCCUGGUGACCGAGGAGAUAGAACGGGACCUGCACCGUUCCUUACCGGAGCAUCCCGCCUUCCAGAAUGAAACGGGAAUUGCUGCUUUGAGGAGAGUCCUGACAGCCUAUGCCCACCGGAACCCCAAAAUUGGGUACUGCCAGUCCAUGAACAUCCUGACUUCCGUUUUGCUGCUGUACGCCAAGGAGGAGGAGGCCUUCUGGUUGCUCGUCGCUGUGUGUGAGCGGAUGCUGCCCGACUACUUCAACCACCGAGUCAUUGGGGCCCAGGUAGACCAGUCGGUCUUUGAGGAGCUCAUCAAGGAGCACCUCCCCGAGCUGGCGGAGCACAUGAAUGACCUCUCCGCCCUCGCGUCCAUCUCUCUCUCCUGGUUCCUGACUCUGUUCCUCAGCAUUAUGCCUCUGGAGAGUGCGGUGAGCGUUGUGGAUUGCUUCUUCUACGAUGGGAUCAAAGCCAUUUUCCAGCUGGGGCUGGCCGUGCUGGAAGCCAAUGCCCAGGGCCUGUGCAGCAGCAAGGACGAUGGCCAGGCCCUCAUGGUCCUCAGCAGGUUUCUAGAUCACAUUAAGAAUGAGGACAGCCCUGGACCCCCCGUCGGCAGCCACCAUGCCUUUUUGUCCGAUGACCAGGAGCCCUACCCUGGGACUGACAUUGCCGACCUGAUCCGGGACUCCUAUGAGAAAUUUGGAGACCAGUCUGUGGAGCAGCUCGAGCACCUGCGCUGUAGGCACAGGAUCAGGGUUCUCCAGGGCCACGAAGAUACCACAAAGCAGAACGUACUCCGCGUUGUUAUCCCAGAAGUCUCCAUUCCUCCUGAAGACCUGGAAGAACUCUAUGACUUAUUCAAGAGAGAGCACAUGAUGAGCUGUUACUGGGAGCAGCCCCGGCCCAUGGCCCCGCGCCACGACCCCAGCAGGCCUUACGCAGAACAGUACCGCAUAGAUGCCCGGCAGUUUGCACACUUGUUUCAGCUUGUCUCGCCAUGGACCUGUGGGGCCCACACGGAGAUCCUCGCGGAGAGGACUUUCAGGCUCCUGGAUGACAACAUGGACCACCUGAUCGAAUUCAAAGCAUUUGUGAGCUGUCUCGAUGUUAUGUAUAAUGGAGAAAUGAAUGAGAAAAUCAAACUGUUAUAUAGACUUCACAUCCCUCCCGCACUCACUGAAAAUGAUCGAGACAGCCAGUCACCACUAAAGAAUCCUCUAUUGUCGACGUCAAGACCCCUGGUUUUUGGGAAGUCAAACAGUGGUGCAACUGAUUAUCAGAAACAGCUGAAGCAAAUGAUUAAGGAUUUAGCCAAAGAAAAAGAUAAAACAGAUAAAGAGUUGCCCAAAAUGAGCCAGAGAGAAUUUAUCCAGUUCUGUAAAACUCUGUAUAGUAUGUUCCAUGAAGAUCCAGAAGAAAACGAUUUGUAUCAAGCCAUCGCCACGGUAACCACUCUGCUGCUGCAGAUCGGGGAAGUGGGGCAGCGAGGCAGCAGCUCUGGAAGCUGCUCCCAGGAAGGCGGGGAGGAGCUGCGGGCUCCAGCUCUUUCUCCAGAGCAGGACUCGGUUUUUGCGGACACCAGCCCUGGCAAGAUUGCCCAGGACUCCCAGACAUUUCCUGAAGAGGCAGAAGGGGACUGGACUGUGUCCCUUGAGCAUAUUUUAGCUUCACUUCUGACUGAACAGUCAUUAGUCAACUUUUUUGAAAAGCCGCUGGACAUUAAAUCCAAACUUGAAAAUGCCAAGAUCAAUCAGUACAGUCUCAAAACUCUGGAAAUGAGCCGCCAAUCACAGCCUGAACUCAAGCUGAGUAACCUGUAGCAGGAGAGCAGUUUGCAGAGACGAGUCUGCCAUACCAAAGCACGGAACAGUUUUGUGGGUUGUCAGCCCUAAAAUCCAGAUUUUAAUUGAAUUCAUUUUGAGUGUAUUUUACAAGCUGGGUAUCUGGAUAAGCAGCCUGACAGCCACAGCUGUGGCCAGGGGAAUUGAUGCAACCCUCAAGCAUUUCUAUUAAGAGAAUUAUUAGUUGGAUAUUACAGUGCGAUAGGGUAUCCAUACAUUAGUUCCCUUGAUGCCGUGACUUGCAAUUUCACUUUUAUCAGAUUUUCUGAAAUUUCAGGGCACUUCUGCUGUGAUGCUAGUAUGAUUUCAUUCUCAGAUGGAACAGAAGAGUCAAAUGUAUCAUACCAAACCAGACAAAAGCCCAAGCUCUCAUUUUUCACUGGGAUAAUGGGGGAGAGGUCACAAAUCAAGUUCACUUUCAAGAUCCAAGAGCCACUAUCUGUGCAAUUGUAUUUGGCUUUUUUUGCACUAAUUUUGUUUCAAUGCUGGUAAUUGAAACCAUUUUAAUAUAUUUGGUUGUAUUCACUUUGUCCUUACAAAAAUGUUGUGUACAAACCAUGCUUUCAAUGUUGGCCUCCAAGUUUUUUAAUAAAUAAAUUUUUGUAUUGAC